GGUCCGGUUGUUGAUUGUUCGUGAGAAACGCGAACUUGGCCCGCACGUCUUUUCUGUUAGCUAACUAAUCAGUUGUUUUCUUUUCCUUUGCCGUUCAUUUAGUUUUUGUUAUUAUACAAGAGGGAACAAGCUUCUGAACAUUAGCUUCGUCCCUCACACACCAGGCGAAGAUGCUCCCAGACGAGUUUGGGUGCGUGGUGGCCAACAGGUUUGGUGAACUUCUGGACGAUGAUGCGGAUCCAUUUGACAUCUUAAACGAGGCUGAAACUGAAAAGGACAAAAAGAAGAAGAAAAAGAAGCCGGAGGACGUGAAGAACAGACAGAAAAAGCCUGGUCAGAAAGAGUCGCAGAGGGACCGGCGUGUCCCCGUGGGAGUGGAGGCUCCAGAGUCGGUCCAAGCUCGAAAGCUGCAGAGCCGUGCUGGUCCUGUGACGGAGAGAGCUGAGAAGGAAGAAGGCCAAAAGGGCAUGAAACGGGCUGCUUACGGAGACCGAAGGAACUACGCAGAUGACGCCCCGCAGGAGUUCUCUGUUCCGAGGCCUUCCUAUGAAGAGGCAGAUGUCCGAGCCAGAGGAGGCUACAGAGGAGGGAGGAGAGGAGGUGGAGGGAGAGGUGGAGGCGGUUUCAUGAGGAACUCUGAGACCUUCAACCUGAGGGGCAAGAGGGAAUUUGACCGGCACAAUGGAACUGGCAUCUCACCUGAGGAGAAAAGGGGAGGCAAGGGGGCCUGGAACUGGGGCUCUGUUGAUGAAGCCACAAGUGAGUUGAUGGAGGUGACUGAAGUUGCUCCAUUAAAAUCUGAAGAAACCCAGUUGUCUGCAGAAGAGGAAAAUCUGCCACUGCAAGAGGAGGAAGGAGAGAUGGUUGUCCAUGUUGCCAUGGAGAUGUCACUGGAUGAAUGGAAAGCUUUGCAGGAGAGUAAUCGACCCAAAGUGGAGUUCAACAUUCGCAAAGCUGAGAACAAAAUUCCCUCUAAAGCUAAAGUCAUUCAUGAGUCCAAGCACCUGGAUAAUCUGAAGAAGGCUCUGGAUCUGGAUGAAGAGGGCACGUUCCUUCGCCGCUCCGUGAAUGACAUCACCUCUCUCCUGGAUAUAAACUUUGGAAGUCUCGGAAGACCGGGCCGUGGAGGUCGAGGAAGAGGCGGGCCAAGAGGAGGAGUGAGAGGAGCUGCAACUGCUCAGAUGGAGCGAAUGAAGCCUGUACUAGAAAUGGGCGACCAUUUGGCACCAAACCCUUACGACCCUGAAGACUUUCCAGCACUAUCGGCAGGACAGUAAACAGGCUGUCCUUGAAGCUCCUGCAGGAAAAACUAGUUUCACCAAACACUUAAUGCAUAACACUGUUUUCAUAUGUGCAGUUCUUAAGGUUUGGGGUUUUAUACUUGAGUUCUGUUCUUGCACUGAAGGCACUGAACAUCUGACUGCUGGAGAAUAAACCAUUUGCAAGUUUA